UUAAAAUAAUAUUUUCUUUCCUUUGUUGCAGGCUCGUCCAUUGACUCGCUAUUUGCCCAUUAGAAAGGAAGACUUUGAUCUACGAAGUCAUAUUGAAACAGCUGGUCACAACAUAGAGACCUGUUACCACGUCUCCCUCACAGAGAAGACCUGCCGAGGCUUUCUGAUUAAGAUGGGAGGGAAGAUUAAAACAUGGAAAAAACGAUGGUUUGUUUUUGACAGAAACAAGAGAACUUUUACGUAUUAUGCAGAUAAACAUGAAACUAAAUUAAAAGGUGUAAUUUAUUUUCAAGCUAUUGAAGAAGUCUAUUAUGAUCACCUAAAGAAUGCAUAUAAGAGUCCCAACCCACUACUCACUUUCAGUGUUAAGACACAUGACCGAAUAUACUAUAUGGUCGCUCCAACACCAGAAGCCAUGAGGAUAUGGAUGGAUGUUAUUGUUACAGGCGCAGAAGGCUACACCCACUUCAUGUUAUAACAAAAUGGGGCAAUAGGGCAUACUGCAAUAACGUUAAUGUAUGAAGUCAGCCAUAUGUAGUAAAAUCUGAAAAGCCACAUAAAAUACCAAUGAAUACUCUGAAAUAUCCUCCUUAUGAUGUGCAGCCAAAGCCUCAGGAUGGAAGGGUUUUCUAAAUGCACUGAAAAGGAGGACUUGCUACUUAUUUUAGUUGAUCUUUGUAGAGACAAAAGAGCUAACGCUGUUGAGAAAGUCGUAGUGCUCCAAAACAAAUAAACUGGCCACUUCUGUGACAACAUCUUGAUUCAAUGAUAAUUUUGUACCAACUGUCUUAAACAGAGAACAUCUUCAUCAACAGUUCACAAAUGUGUGUGCUCUCAUCAGUAUGCAAAAAUUCUAGUAUCGGAACAAAAAAGUGUAAUAGCAUAUAUUUUAAUAUGCAGCUUUUGACAUUUAUAGAUGAUUAGGUAACUUUUAAAAACUUCUAGUCAAGUAUUUUAUAAAACUAUGAAUUAAAAAGCUGCCCUAAGGUACACACGGUUCUUGCCUUAGUAGUUAAGUAUUACAACAGAGCCAAAGAGUUAUAUGACUCCCUUAUUGUAAUAUUUCAGAUUGCUAGCUGUAUUUAACUUCCUGUAAGGGGACAGUGCCAAAACUCUUCAUGACUUGUACAAAACCAUGUUACACCACCCAGUGAUACUGACUGUAAGUUUUAAGUCUGUAUCUAUGAAGCUCAACAAGAAAAGGACAGCUUUAUAAAGAUGCAUUUAUCCACGAGGAUAAGAAAUGGAAACAUGGAUUAACUUUGUCAUUAGGAGGACUUUUGUAGUCUUCCAUGAUGAAUGGAUUGAGCUGAUUCUGGACCCUGCAGCGAUUUUAUGUAGUCAAGACCCACCUGAUGUGGUUCUGAGUUCUCUGUGCCAAAUGAACACUUUGCUGAAACCUCAUAUGUUGGUCUCCAUGAAGCAAGCAUUGAAGUAUCUACCUAUCUAAAUUUUUUGAAGCAAUGUUUUUAGCCAAGGAGACUUUUUAAAAAUGUAUCUACUCAGAAUAAUGCUAUCAGAAUAAAAAUGGAAAGGCAAGCUCUAAGGGUUUACACUGAGCAGUGUAUGGAUAAAAAGCAUGAAAAUUUUAAGUAUCGGGGAUUGAGAUUCCUAAGACAAUAAAAAUAAGGAGGAUACAGUGGUCUCCUAUUUAGAAAUCACAAAUUCCAAAUCCUUGAGAAAUACUGCAAAACUUAAGUGAAUUGAACUUCAAGAAAGUCUCUUAUUCUUUGACUUUAAUGAGGUUCUAUUUCAGUAGUCAAUACUUGUGCUAUGUAAUUUGUUUGUGUAAUAAGAGAAAGCACAUAAGACAUUUUUGGCGAUGAAAAUCGAAUGGCUAUUGAUGAACAAAUGAAAAACUGAGAGCAAAACAAGUUUGCUGGCAAAAUAUCUUGUUGUACUAUUUCAACCCUAUAUCUGUUAAGAAGGGGAUGCAUUCUUCCUUGUAUGGUAUACACAGGUGAUAUGGUUGCUCUAGCGUGACAUUUGUCAGUUUUGACUUGAAUCGUGAAAGAAGGGACAGUUGUCACAAGAUAACUGUUAUCAUCUGUGCAGAUCACAUCUUAUAAUCCAACAACUUUAAAACACUAUCAGAAUAAAUUGCUUUGGUAUAUGUAAUUAUUAUUUUUCCCUGACGUAUCUUGAUUUUACUUCUUAGUAUAGUUAUAAAGGUUUUCUAAUCAUGAUUUUUGUAUCCUGCAUGAUGCAAUGAAGGCAUUUCAAUAAACGUUUUUAAAAAUACA